CUUGAAGUCGUGUUUACCCAUUGUAACGCCAGGGGCGAUGUUGAGUCUGAGGGUGGUCUGUGGCAGUGGUCAUGAUGAAAGAGUUUGUUCUGGGCCCAUGUGAUGAGAUAGCUAUUUGUCAACACAACGGGACAGUCACAGAUCUAACUUGAAAUGGAUGGACAUCGCUUAUCUUGGGGAUGUGCGGCCAGCACAUAAGCUAUGGUGUCGUGUGGAUGGCUGUCGGCUGGUGCAUUGGGAGAUGAUGCGUCGGCACUGGCUGCUAGUGGGUGCCUGUGGCUGGGUCCUCCUGCUGCUCAUGGUAGCGAGCCGAUUCAUCAACUACAACCUGCGGGUGCCGGAUGACUACAGUAGUAAGGCAGAGUCACGGUCCUGGCCUGAGCUGACCAUCCACACAGUGAAACCUCAAAGACCAGCAUUGCAUUCUAACAAUGUGUCGACUGCAGCAGUCUUAUCCACCGUCCCGUCGGACUGGCACUCAGUGGUGGAGAAGCGCCUGGACCUGCUGACCGCCGUCUGCAAGAACAGCUCCCUACGAAACUACACCCACACGCCCAUCAACAAGUUCCUCCUGGACCGCAUCUUCGUCUGCGACAAGCAUAAGAUCCUCUUCUGCCAGACCCCCAAGGUUGGCAACACGCAGUGGAAGAAGGUCCUCAUUGUUCUCAAUGGGAAAUUCUCCAAAGUGGAGGACAUUCCAGAACCAUUGGUCCAUGAUCAUGAGAAGAAUGGCUUGCCACGCCUUUCAUCCUUAAAGGAGAAGGAGAUCAAAGAAAGACUGGACAAUUACUUCAAGUUCUUCAUCGUACGUGACCCUUUCGAGCGCAUCAUUUCCGCCUACAAGGACAAGUUUGUGAAGAACCCACGCUCUGAACCCUGGUACAAGCAUGACAUUGCGCCCGCCAUCAUCCGCAAGUACCGCAAGAUGCGCCAGGACACUGAGGAUUCGGGCGCCCCCCGACACGCCCCAGGACUGCGCUUCGAGGACUUUGUGCGCUACCUGGGCGACUCCGUUGGCCAAAAGCGACUGAACAAAAAGUUUGGGCAGCACGUGAUCCACUGGAUAACGUACGUGGAGUUGUGCGCCCCGUGCGACAUCAAUUACAACGCAGUGGGCCACCACGAGACGCUGGAUCGCGAUGCGCCCUACAUCCUCAAGGCGGCUGGCAUCGACAGCCUGGUGUCCUACCCCACCAUCCCGCCGGGCAUCACGCGCUACAACCGCACCAAAGUGGAGAGCUACUUCUCCGGCAUCAGCAAGCGGGACAUCGGCCGCCUCUACGAGCACUUCAUGGGGGACUUUGAGCUUUUUGGCUACCCGCGGCCUGACUUCCUGCUUGACUGAGUUGGCGUUAAAAGGAGCGCUAGAGAAAGCACCUUCUAUCAGAGGCGGAUUAACUGAAUUGAGAAAUUGACAUGGCCCGGCGUGCAUUUCUCUAUUCUGCCUGCACUCUAGCUUAACUUCCUGAAGUACCUACUGUAUGGAUCAGUGGGCUUUUAGGGAAUCGUUUGGACUGAAUAUGUGGCAGGACUUUUACUUUCUGAACCCGGGAUGGCAGCCCUCUGCCUCCCAUUAGGCUAAUGUAGCAUCCAUCUUAGCAUGAGGUACAGGUGGCCAACCCCCCGUACCAGAUUUAACUGAUGGCUUUGGCUGUUCUCAGGCCAGGCAGCGGAACGCUGCUGGCAUUGGACAUUCUAGAACUGAAACACAGACCAGGCGGCCGUCAGUUGCUGACCUGGCUCUGGGGUGCGUUUCUGGACAGUGUUGUUGCUAACUAUGUUAGCAGCUGUCUUGGUUGCUGUGCAGUUUCCCAUAGGCAACCAUCUAAGUUGCUAACUGGUUACAAUAAAGCUUUUCAGAAACGGGGUCCUGUUAAGCAUGUGUUGUUAACGGCGAUCACUGACACUACUAGAUUUUGAUGAAGAUUGUUUGUUACAUUAGCAGGGCUCCAGACUUUUUUAAUGCUAGUUGAAUUUGGUGGUCCUUCCUCACUGUUCAGGAGCACCAGUACAACGUGUAGCAGGACCAGAUUAAAUUGAAAAGCAGAACAAGUUAUUACUAGAAAGCAUUGUUUACACUCCUAUGACGGAAAUAAAAACAAUUAAAUGAAAACUAAAACUAAAAUGAGCACUAAUCAAAAUAGCCUUCGGGCUAACGUUACAAGUUCCGGGUCAAGAACAAUAGGUCAAAGGCAUUAUGCAGUUAUUAGAUGAUCUCUGACUGACAUGUGGAAACAUUCACUCAUGCAGACAAUGAGUUGGUCUAGCUAGCAUCACACCAUAGGGUAUAAUCCUAGUUGGGCCAAGAAUUGUGGCCUGGCUCUGUCCUCUAUUUACAGCGCUCUGGGCUGCGUUUCCCAAAAACUUGAGGUGUCCCCUAGGCAAUAUAUCAUAAAUAGGUCUCACAUCAUCACUAAGUUUAUACAUACACUGUUUUACUUUGCACAUGCACUUUGCGCAAGAAUUGUAUUUGCAUGUGCGAGAAAAAAAACACUGUAUGUAGGCCUAUACAAUUAUUGUGUGUAUAAACUUUUAGUGAUGUAGUAUAUUGCCUGGGGGGGUACCUCAUACUUAACCCUCUGAGGUCCGAGUGCCCUUAAGAGGGCAAGUUGUCUCCAAAAACAAAUCUGUAACUCUGUGAGUUUUUGUCAUUGAAACAUAUAAGUCACACCAUUAGAAACCUCAGACCUUCCAGGUUCCAAAUAUAUAUAUAUGAAAUGAAAAUACUUGAAAAUAUCAGGGUGGUGCAAGCAGCCUAAAAGCCUCUGAAAGGCCUUAGACCUCAGAGGGUUAAGUACUACUUAGGCUGAAGUACAACUUUUGGGAAACGCAGCCCCGGCUAGUUUUGAAUCUGUGCAGCAAGUCAAUGGGAUGGUUAGCAUGGUGAAUUUGCCUACGGUGCGAGCUCAGACUAUACACUUCGUUUUAUAGUCUGGCCUACCAGGCUAUAUUAGUACUUUACCAGUAAUUUGUGUAUGUCACCUACCCGUAGUUGCCGAGGCCUUGCCUAAAGCAAACAUGGGAAUAGUGCCAAACUAUUAAAACUCACACACUCAACACAAUUGUCGGUUGAAUUUCUAAUAUGGUUACGCUACUGAAUUUAUCAUACUUAAAAAAAAACAUUAAACAGUAUUUAACAGG